AUGGAGUCUGAAAUUCAAGCUCAGAUCCCUGGCAUCGACCACGUCAUUAGCGAAUACGCGGUGGGCUACUUGAACCACGCUGCAAACUCUUAUGUCGAAGAGACCAAGGACCAGUCUCCCUUGUCAGAGGCCGCCGAAUUCAUUACCGAGCUCCUCGUCUCCGCCUCGGGAGAUUUCUCCCCGCAAAGCUAUGAAGCGAUCGGCAACAUGGUUGGGAGAUUCAUCACCAUGGUGAGCUCGAAGGAUGGCGACCCAGAGCGAAGGCAAAUGAUGCCGUUCAAGGCCAAAAAGCUCGAACAAGCUAUCAAUGUCGGCGCGCAGCGAAACAUGUCUUCCACACUUGGCUUGACCGGAAACGCGGUCGACCUGGAAUCUGCCAAUGCUAGGAAGAUGGAGUCCAAGGUGGACAAGAAGAAGCUUGAGAAGGCCGAGCGCAAGAUUCGCGCCAAGCAGGACAAGAAGACAAUGAAGAACGUCACCUAUGAGGCGUCCCGUCUGCUCAACCAGCCCGAUGAGACCAUGUCCUACGAGGAGUUCUUCAUGGCUGUUAACCCUCUGCAAAUGGGCUCCGACUCCCAAGCCAAGAGCAAGGAUAUUAAGCUGGAUAACAUUGAUAUCUCGAUCAGUGGCCUGCGUAUUUUGACCGAUGCCGCGUUCACACUUGCUUAUGGUCGUCGUUAUGGCCUUGUUGGUCAGAACGGUAUCGGUAAAUCUACGCUGUUGCGUGCUUUGAGUCGCAGAGAAAUCCCGAUUCCCACUCACGUCUCUAUUCUUCACGUUGAGCAAGAGAUUACUGGUGACGAUACACCGGCGUUGCAAGCAGUGUUGGAUGCCGAUGUGUGGCGGAAACAUCUUUUGGCCGAACAAGCUAAAAUCACCGCACAACUGACAGCCCUCGAAGAAGAACGAUCUUCAAUGGCCGACACUUCGAAGGAUGCCGCUAGACUUGACGAAGAACGAGAGGGUCUGGAUAUCACACUAACCGAUAUCCACUCAAAGCUUUCGGAGAUGGAGUCAGACAAGGCCGAGUCUCGUGCGGCCAGUAUCUUGGCUGGUCUUGGAUUCUCCAAGGAGCGCCAGCAGUAUCCCACCAAGACUUUCUCCGGAGGUUGGAGAAUGCGUUUGUCUCUUGCACGAGCCCUAUUCUGCGAGCCUGAUCUCCUUUUGCUUGACGAACCGUCUAAUAUGUUGGACGUGCCGUCAAUUACUUUCCUCUCCAAUUAUCUCCAAGGAUACCCCAGUACUGUUCUCGUUGUUUCUCACGAUCGUGCAUUCCUGAAUGAAGUCGCCACGGAUAUUAUCCACCAGCACUCUGAAAGACUGGACUACUACAGGGGAGCUAACUUUGAAAGCUUCUAUGCAACCAAGGAAGAGCGUCGGAAAACUGCCAAGCGCGAAUAUGAGAAGCAAAUGGCCGAGAGAGCUCACUUGCAAGCAUUCAUUGAUAAGUUCCGAUACAACGCCGCAAAGUCCUCCGAGGCACAGUCAAGAAUCAAGAAACUCGAGCGCAUGCCAGUUCUUGAGGCUCCAGAGGCCGAGUACACCGUACACUUUGCAUUCCCCGGAGUUGAGAAGCUUUCACCGCCCAUUGUACAGAUGUCCGAGGUCUGCUUCGGUUACACCAAGGACAAGCCUCUUCUCAGGAAUGUCGACCUGGAUGUCCAGCUUGAUUCACGUAUCGGAAUCGUCGGACCUAAUGGUGCUGGUAAGACCACUGUUCUGAAACUGCUCACCAACCAGCUGGAGCCUACCAGCGGUAUCAUCUCGACCAAUUCGAGACUGCGCAUCGGAUUUUUUGCCCAACAUCACGUCGACGCUUUGGAUAUGACAACCAGUGCAGUUGGCUUCAUGACGAAGACUUACCCCGGUAAAACCGACGAGGAAUACCGACGACACCUGGGAGCAUUUGGUAUCACCGGUACAACCGGUCUUCAGCGUAUGGAGUUCCUGUCCGGAGGUCAGAAGUCCCGUGUCGCAUUCGCUUGCUUGUCUUUGACCAAUCCCCACAUCCUUGUUCUUGACGAGCCUUCCAAUCACCUGGAUAUCGAGGGUAUGGAUGCUCUGUCCGAGGCAUUGAAGGUGUUCGAGGGUGGUGUGGUUAUGGUUUCCCACGACGUGACGAUGUUGCAGAAUGUCUGCACCAGUCUGUGGGUUUGCGAUGGCGGUACCGUUCACAAGUUCGAUGGCACUGUCAAUGCCUACAAGAAGAAGAUCACCGCGCAGGCUGAUGCUGCUGGUGUCGUGGCUAAGCACUAA